UAGAAGCUUCUCCAUUCUGUGUGCUCUCCGGGAACAUCCAAGGCAAGACUGGCACCCAAAGGACAGCAGUGACUGGCCACAAGCCCCACCCCCCAGGAACCAUGGAGUCCUUCAGCUCAAAGAGUUUGGCACUGCAAGCAGAGAAGAAGCUACUGAGUAAGAUGGUGGGCCGGUCUGCGGCUCAUCUCUUCAUCGACGAGACAAGCAGCGAGGUGCUGGAUGAGCUCUACCGUGUGUCCAAAGAGUACACGCACAGCCGGCCACAGGCCCAGCGAGUUAUCAAGGACCUCAUCAAGGUGGCUGUCAAGGUGGCUGUGCUGCACCGCAGUGGCUGCUUUGGCCCCAGUGAGCUGGCCCUGGCUACCCGCUUUCGCCAGAAGCUGAGGCAGGGUGCCAUGACGGCCCUUAGCUUUGGCGAGGUGGACUUCACCUUUGAGGCCGCUGUGCUGGCCGGCCUGCUGACUGAGUGCCGGGAUGUGCUGCUGGAGCUGGUAGAGAACCAUCUCACGCCCAAGUCACAUGGCCGCAUCCGCCACGUGUUCGAUCACUUCUCUGACCCAGGCCUCCUCACUGCCCUUUAUGGCCCUGACUUCACUCAGCACCUUGGCAAGAUCUGCGAUGGGCUCAGGAAGCUGCUGGAGGAGGGGAAGCUCUGAGUCCUCACCCUGGUGACUUCCACCUGGGCAAAAUGGCUGAC